AAGAGCCGCAGCGCUAAAUGCACUGAACCGACGGUCAUCGUGGGAACAGCGGCGAGGAGCACAAACCGUUAUGAUUUAGAAGAAAGAAAACGGCGGCAUCGUCAAACUGUGAAAAAAAAAUAGAUAGAUACUGGGUUGCGGGUCAACGACUUUAACCCUUAAUCUGCCUCAGCAUUGUUGCUGUCGGGGAAAGUAGUCAGAACAACAAGGCGCCUCGGUGAACGCAGUGUGAAAUGUGACCGUCAUUCCGUCAUCUUCAAUGCGGUUGGGACUGCAGCCGACUCGGUCGUUGCAGCUAGCUCGGUACGGCCGCGUUGAUGCAGCAGCGCACGGCUGUGGUGUUCAAAUCCACCACCGGAUCCGGGAAGACAAUAGGUGAAAUAUACGCCGGCCUGGACUCCCAAGACUACACUAAACGAGAGUCUGCAUCCGCCUUGGCUUGAGUAGUGUCCGUGUGAGGAAUCAGCUUAGAGAGUGAAGUGACAGCCAGCAGGCAGCUGGAACAGGAUGGCGGCCGUUGUGAACUACUCUCCGCCUUGGUGGGUGAAUCUGCUCCACCGGUUGCCCCAUUUCAACAUGGAAUUCCAGCUUGUGAGCAGUGACUUCAGGCCGGAGGACUCUGAGUACCAGAAGUCUGUUCUACUGCUUGGUUCUGUGGCGUUGCUGUGUCUGGGCCUGGACCUCCUCUUCCUCCUCUUCUACUCAUUCUGGCUUUGCUGCCGGCGACGCAAGAGUGACGACUCCUCGCACUCCCAUUCGCACUCCCAGCAGCCCAGCGCAGACUGCUGCUGCACCGCCUGGUGCGUCAUCAUUGCCACGCUCGUCUGCAGUGCUGGCAUUGCUGUAGGAUUCUACGGAAAUGGGGAGUCGAGCGAUGGAGCCAGCCGUUUGGCAUACUCCCUCCGGCAUGCCAACCGCACCAUAUCCGGGGUGGAGAAACUAGUGUCAGACAGUGCCCUAGCCUUAAACCAGACAGUGGAGGAGAGCUUAGUCCAGCUGGAGACAGCCUUUCAGGAACAGACAGACUACGUGUCCAUCGUCCAAAAGCUGCAGGGACAGCUGGAUGAGCUGGUGAGGCUGAUGGUGGAUGUUCCCUUCUGGUCCAAUACUGACAUUUCCCUGGAGGACUUGGCCCGUAAGACAGAGGCUUUUGAUUUUUACAGGUGGUUGGGGUACCUUGGCCUGCUGCUGUUUGAUGUCCUCAUUUGUCUUCUGGUGCUCUUCGGCUUGAUACGCAACUCCAGAGGCACUCUGAUUGGAGUGUGUCUGCUGGGGGUUUUGACUCUGAUAAUCAGCUGGGGGUCUCUCGGCCUGGAACUGGCUGUCGCUGCUUCAGCCAGCGACUUCUGCGUUUCCCCCGAUACCUACGUCACCCGGGUAACCAAGGAAAACGCUGUCAUCAACCAAGAUAUCCUGCAGUACUACCUGAGGUGCAGCUCUGGCCAAAUUAACCCCUUCCAGCAGAGGCUGUCAGGGAGUCACAAGGCAUUGGUGGAGAUGCAGGAUGAUGUGGCAGAGCUACUGAGAUCAGCAACACGUGAUUAUGCGAACACCAAGGGGAGUCUCGAACAAAUCCAGUCUGUGCUGAAUUCCACCGAGGUUGGUCUUCACCAGCUGACUGCUCUGGUCGACUGUCGCAGCCUACACAUGGACUACGUUCAGGCAUUGACUGGACUGUGUUAUGACGGGGUGGAGGGUCUCAUCUACCUGGUCCUCUUCUCCUUUGUCACUGCCCUGAUGUUCUCCUCCAUUGUGUGCAGUGUGCCACAUACCUGGCCUGGCAAGAGGACGGAUGAGGAAGACGGAGAGGACGAGUCGGGCGCCUCUCGGGGCGGUGUGCACGAUAACCUGUACCGCGUUCACAUGCCCAGUCUCUACAGCUGUGGCUCCAGCUACGGUAGCGAAGCUAGCCUGCCCGCUACAGCCCACACUGUCAGCAAUGCCCCCGUCACUGAAUACAUGAGCCAGAACGCAAACUUUCAGAAUCCUCGGUGUGAGAACACCCCCCUGAUUGGCAGGGAGUCCCCUCCACCCUCUUACACCUCCAGUAUGAGAGCGAAGUACCUGGCCACCAACCGACCGGACCAGAACCGACGCUCCGUUCCCAAUGACCAACUGGACCCGGCUAGCCGACCUCACCCCGCUGCCCGACCACAGUCCUCAGUCCACUAGAGACCAGAUCCGCACCAGUCCACCCCAGUACUGCCUGAAUCCAGUUCUCACAGCCAACGACAAGAUCCGACUCAGCCCUCACCGGAGCUCAACCGGAGCUGAGCAUUAUGAAGCACCAACAGGACCGCUGUUUGUCAAGGUCCACUGAAUUUCACCAACACAGACCGGUUCACCAUAAACAGCACAGCAAGCCAGGACUCAUCAACCAAGCACCUCAGCAAAGGACUGCACUUUGAAGGUCAACUUCCACUCCUCACCCAUUAUCAUCCAAAAAUUUCAAAAGCCGAACUUCAUCCCAGAAGAUCACAACUUCUACUCCACCGAUCAUUCCACCACUGCUGUGAUGGACCCGCCCUCAUACCCACAAUGCACAGCAGUUAAAGCGCCUUGGCUCCGUCUCCAGUUUCUCCUUCUGCUUGUCAAUUCUCUCCACCUCCGCUGGGGUCCGUACACUGCCCUCCAGUGGAGACAGCUACUCUCACCACUCAACCCUGUGACACUUCUACAUUCAGACUACACACUCACACACAGACAAGUGCACACACACAUGCACACAUACACACACACACACACUGUACAGAGCUGUAAAUAGUAAACGUGUGCUUUACUCUGAUUUCAUGAAACGUAGACUGUUGAAUCAUUACUGGUAAAUGUGGUGUGCUGCGUGUUUAUCAUGGAAAUUUUUUGCUGUAUCUCUCAUACAAACAUACACACAAAUAGGCGGACACAUCUGUAUAAAUACCAAGCCAGUGAAUCAGAAAGCCAUGUUUAGAUGGAAACAGCGCCAACACAUCCACAUUCUCUCUAUCUUAACAUAGUCGUCUAACUAAGACUUGAAUCGUGAGCUUGAACAGCGUGUCCAUGUCUCUUUCCAUAUUUGUUUACGUGCACGUACGGUACACGUGGCGAUUAAUGCAUUUUGAAAAUGAGCCAGGAAACCUGUUGUGGAAUAACUGUUUGAAUUUGGGGAACUGGAGGAAGAGACAAGGGACAUAAGAAGGCUCAACCUGUGCCAAAAAACUCUGAAUAAUGUGGGAUGCCUGAUUCUGUCCUCUUCUCCUACUGCCUCCACAUGUCUAAAAAAAGGGAAAAAUCCCACGUGGAAUGUUUUUCCCUCUGACUGUAAAUACCACGGGAACAGGAAAGACACUUGAAAAAGGAAAACGAUGGACAGAAAUGGAUUAAGACUCACUGAAAAUCGUGACUACGCAUUUGCCAGGUGCUAUGUAAGCCAGUCAAGGUCCCAGAAGACGAUCGGGACCGAGGAGGGAGGGGAAAUGUUUUUGUUACUUUAAUGUUAUGUUUUCAUUCAGGGAUGUGUUCAGGAAUAUAAAAAGCAGUAAAAAUAGAACAGCUCUCCAUCAUUACUAAAUGGAAGUUGUGUCCCGAAGCCUGAAAAAACAUGUCCCUGAUUAAUAAUGUUCCAUGAAAGUGUUAAAAAUCGAGAAAAGUGGGUGUUUUUUUAUGAUUUAUCAUAAGCUGAAAUUCAGGAUGUGAUACUGUGACCAACUGUAGUAUUCUGUUUCUUCUUAAAUACUGUUGUUCUUUCUUCCUGUGCUUUUAUUUUGUUAACUGGUGACAUUGGGUCAAGCUUGA